AUGGCCAAGCUCGUCAACAUGCGUGGGCUCCAGGUGUUCAUAGCGGACAUCAGGAACUGUCAGAGCAAGGAACAGGAGAAGACACGGGUUGAUAAGGAGCUUGGGAAAAUAAGGAAGAAGUUUGCGUCCGGGAACGCAAUCACAGAAUACGACAGGAAGAAAUACGUUUGGAAGCUCCUGUACAUAUUCAUGCUGGGGUACGAGGUGGAGUUUGGGCAUAAGCAGGCGGCAGACCUUAUUCCUGCAACGAAAUAUGCAGAAAAGCAAGUGGGUUACAUGGCGUGUGCAAUCCUCCUCAAUGAGAAAGACGAGUUUCUGCGGCUGAUUAUCAACUCAGUGCGAAAUGACCUCAUCUCGAGGAAUGAGGCCUUCCAGUGCUUGGCGCUAGGCUUUGUGGGCAAUGUCGGAGGCCAGGAGAUGGCAUCCCUCCUCACCACCGAUGUGAUGAACCUGCUGACAAACGGGGCGGUGCGGCCGAUAGUGCGCAAGAAGGCAGCCACGUGCCUCCUGCGCCUGAUCAGGAAGUCUCCACCCGAGGCAGAGCUCAUGCCGCCGGAGCUGUGGUCAGUGAAGCUGGCGGCGCUGCUGGAGGAGCGUGAUCUGGGCGUACUGCUGUCGCUGGUGACGCUGCUCCUGGGGAUUGUAUCGCGCAGCUACGAGGGGUACGAGUCACUGGUUCCGCGCAUAGUGAAGCUGCUGGUGCGGCUGAACCCGGAGAAGGAGCGCGACUCGGCCGGCCGCACCGUGUUGCCCGACCGCGCGUCUGUGCCCCCGGAGUACGCCUACUACGGCAUUCCCUCCCCCUGGCUGCAGGUGAAGUGCCUGCGCGUGCUGCAGUACUUCCCGCCGCCCGAGGACCCGGCUGUGGGCCGCGCGCUGAACGAGGUGCUGCGCCGCGUCAUCACCGGCAGCGAGGUGGCCAAGAACGUCAACAAGAACAACGCACAGCACGCCAUCGUCUUCGAGGCCAUCGCCCUCGCUCUGGCGCUGGAGGCCGACCCCGAGCUGCUCACUGCAGGCGUGGCAAUGCUGGGCAAGUUCAUCAGCGUGCGCGAGCCCAACAUCAAGUACCUGGGCCUGGAGAACAUGGUGCGCCUGGCAGAGGUGCCAGCUGUCGCAGACACCAUAAAUAGGCACCGGCAGAGCAUAAUAAACAGCCUGCAGGACGCGGACAUCUCCAUCCGCCGCCGCGCGCUUGACCUGCUCUUUGCCAUGUGCAACUCCGGCAACGUGCGCGAAAUCGUGGGGGAGCUGCUCACCUACCUCCAGGGCGCGGAGUUUGGCAUGAGGGAGGAGCUGGUGCUGAAGACGGCGGUUCUGGCCGAGCGCUUCUACCCCGACCUGCACUGGUACGUGGACUCGAUGCUGAAGCUGAUAGAGCGCGCGGGUGAGCUGGCGAGCAAGGACAUCUGGCACUCCACCGUCCAGCUCAUCACUAACUACCCCGCCCUCCACGAGUACGCCGCCCGCAAGGUGCUGGAGUCGCUGCAGGAUGGCGCGUCCCACGACGCGCUGGUGAGCUGCGCGGGCUAUGUGCUUGGCGAGUAUGGGCGGCUGGUGCCAGAGGUGCCCACUCAUGUGCAGUUUGCGCUGCUGCACGAGCGCUUCCUGUCCGUCAGCAGCGAGACCAAGGGGCUGCUGCUGACGACAUACCUGAAGUUCCUGAUCGCUGACCCGGGCGACGCCAACCUGAAGGCGCUGGCCGAGGAGGUCUUCAACAGAUACUCCAAGUACAUGGAUGUGGAGCUGCAGCAGCGUGCGGUGGAGUACCUGAGCCUGGAGAGGCAGCCAGAGCUGGCGCGCGCGAAUGUGACCGCCAUGCCGCCCUGGGAGAAGCGUAAGUCGCUCCUCCUGCGCCGCAUGGCCGAGCGCGAGGGUGACGAUGUGGACGAGGUGGCGCACCAGCCGGCCUGGCUGCAGGAAGACGGCAGCGAGGACCGCGCCACGGCUGACGGCGGCGCAGCCGCCGCGGCCGGCGUGGGUGCCCUCUCGCUGCACGAGCGCGCCGCCUCUAACGGCGCCGCCGACUUCAUCGGCCUCGACAACGGCGCCCCAGCCGCCCCGCCUGCGGCAGCCGCCCCGUAUGCCAACGGGAAUGGCCACGUGCCGGCGCCGCCGGCCGUGGCAGCGGCCGCGGCCGGCCCGGCACCGGCAUCGGCGCCUGCGGCGCAGGCGCCGGCGCGGGACCCCCUGGAGGACCUGCUCAGCCUGUCGGCUGCGCAGCAGGCUGAGCCGCCAAAGCCAGCGCCUUCUGCGUACGACCCAUUCAGUGUCAGCGGCGACGCGCAUGCGCUGAUGGGCGGCGCCCCCCCGGACACGCGGCCCCUCGGCGACAUCGGCGCCUGGUUCCGAAAGCUUUGCACCUCCGCCUCCGGUGUCCUGUACGAAGACUCCAACCUGCAGGUGGGUGUGAAGGCGCAGUACCAGGGGUCGCAGGGGCAGCUCAUGUUCUUCUUCGGCAACAAGAGCGCGUCUGCCCUGGAGCGACUCAUCUUUGUGGUUCCCCCCGCCGGCCAGUUUGCCUUCCAGCAGGGCGCGGUCCCCCCGCUGCUGGAGCCCAAGAAGCAGAUCCAGGUGCCACUGAUGGUGGCGUGCAUCGCCCCCUUCCUGGCGGGUCCGCGCGCGCAGGUCGGCUACAGCCUGGGCGGCCGCAGUGUCAGCCAGAACCUGGCUUUGCCCAUAGUCGCGCCCAAGUUCUGCACGCCGCCCGACGCCCCCGUGGCCAAGGAGGCCUUCUUUCAACGCUGGCGCGCCGUCGAAGGGCCGCCGCUGAAGAUGGGCGAGCGGGUUUCGCGCAUCACUCCCGUCACGCGCGCGCCGCUGGAGGCUCUGCUGUCAUCGCUGAAUUUGGGUGUGCAGUCCGGCAUCGACCCCGACGCGGAAAACCUCGUCGCCGUUGCAACCUUCUCCUACACGGCCCCAGGCGGCCAGCCGCAGCAGGUGCCGGUGAUGGUGCGCGUUGAGGUGGAGAAGUUGCAGCGGCUGCAAUUUCAGGUCACCGUGGCAUCCACCGACGGCAACACCACCUCUUCCCUCAAGGACAUCAUCUGCCAGCUGCUUGCCAAGCUAUGAGUGUCAGGAUGUUUGUGUGAGCCGUGUGUUGGGAACUCCUGUGAUAAGAAGAAUAGUGCCCGCAACGAUUAUGUUGCCGCUAUGCAUGCGUGCAGAUGUUGCAAUGCAUCUUGUGAGCUUUAGCAGCGGUUCUCAAGCUUAGCAGCGACGCUUAAAAGAACUUGUAGGCCUGAGGGGCUUCGAGCGUGUAUAACUGUGGGGUCGCGGCAUUGUUACGGUGAUCGUGUUACCGGGGGCCAUGUGGCAUUGUAAGAUCGCACAGACUGUG